CGGAAGGCUAACACCAGCGCUGUGGCUAACAGCGUUAGCGUCGUCCCGCAGGCAGGUAACUCCAAGUUUGAACACACAGAUGAGCUGUCAAACCGCUCCGAUGAGGGUUCUGGUGACAGGCGGGUCCGGUUUGGUGGGAAAAGCCAUACAGCAUGUGGUCAAAGAAGAAGGGGGAGCCAGGGAGGGGGAGGAAUGGAUAUUCCUCUCCUCUAAAGAUGCCAACCUCAUGAUCAAGGAGGAGACGCAGGCGGUGUUCGAGAAACAUCGGCCCACGCACGUUAUCCAUCUGGCUGCUAUGGUUGGCGGGCUUUUCAAGAACAUGAGGUGCAACCUGGACUUUUGGAGAAACAACGUCUACAUCAAUGAUAACGUGCUGCAGGCAGCGCACGAAGUCGACGUGGUCAAGGUUGUUUCCUGCCUGUCCACCUGCAUCUUUCCUGACAAGACCACCUACCCCAUCGAUGAGACCAUGAUCCACAACGGUCCGCCUCACGAGUCGAACUUUGGCUACGCCUACGCGAAGAGGAUGAUUGAUGUUUACAACAGAGCGCAUUUGGAGCAGCACGGCAAGUACUAUACAGCUGUGAUUCCCACUAACGUGUUUGGUCCCCACGACAACUUCAGCAUUGAGGACGGUCACGUGCUGCCAGGUCUCAUACACAAAGCUUACAUUGCUCAGAAAGAGGGCAAACCCCUGGUGGUCUGGGGCUCCGGCACUCCCAGAAGACAGUUCAUUUACUCUUUGGACCUGGCUCGUCUCUUCCUGUGGGUCUUGCGAGACUAUCCAGAGGUCGAUCCAAUCAUUCUCUCUGUUGGAGAGGAAGACGAAGUCACCAUCAAAGAAGCAGCAGACGCCGUCGUGCAAGGACUGAACUUUAAAGGAGAAGUGGUGUUUGACACCAGUAAAGCAGACGGACAGUUCAAGAAGACGGCCAGCAAUGCAAAGCUGCGCCGCUACCUGCCUGACUUCACCUUCACACCCUUCAAUCAAGCUUUAAAGGAAACCUGUGAUUGGUUUGUCGCCAACUAUGACUCCGCCCGCAAGUGAAACUUCUGCAAAACACACACGUGUUGAUCUGAAACACGUUCUGUUGGACGGCGAAAGGUGUUUGUUGGGAAAUGGUGUAUGAAGUCUGGAAGAAAACAAGGUGAACCACCUGCACACCUGUGUGUUACUGGAUGAAGUCGGUCAGUUUGAGUCGGACUCAACAUCUCACUUGAUCUCAAACACCUCAUCAUGCUGUGAAUGUUGCUGCAGACUUGUUUCUCUUGAGGUUUAACAAACUAUAGUAAUUGUGGGCACUAUAUUCUAUCUACUACCUGUAUGCUGAAUUUUUUCACUAUGGUAGUGUUGCUUAAAUUUUGGAAUUCAGGUUCUAGUACAAUUUAAUAAUCACAGAAAUUGUAUAAUAUAACUCUUUACUAGCAGGUCAACGUUUUCUUACUGAACUAGCAGUUAGUGUUUGGGAUUUGGAAGGACCCGACUGUGAUUAACUUUAUUUAAUGAACAGAAAGACUGUGAUGGUACAUGCUGUUCAACUGGUGGCUUGGAUGUUUUUCUAUUCAGUAUAUAUGAACAAAAUAAAUAUUUUAUACCAAUA